AUUCAUGUUCAAUCUGAAGCUGAUGCCUUGGCUGAUGCAGAGGAAAGGUGUGAGCAACUGAUUAAGAACAAAAUCCAGCUGGAGGCUAAGAUCAAGGAGGUGACUGAGUGAGCCGAGGAUGAGGAAGAGAUGAAUGCUGAGCUGACGGCCAAGAAGAGGAAACUGGAGGACGAAUGUUCGGAACUGAAGAAAGACAUAGAUGACCUUGAGCUGACACUGGCCAAGGUUGAGAAGGAGAAACAUGCCACAGAGAAUAAGGUUAAAAACCUCACAGAAGAGAUGGCCGGCCUGGAUGAAGUCAUAGCUAAGCUGACCAAGGAGAAAAAGGCCCUCCAGGAGGCCCAUCAGCAGACCCUGGAUGACCUGCAGGCAGAAGAGGACAAAGUCAACACCCUGAACAAAGCAAAAGCCAAGCUAGAGCAGCAAGUGGAUGAUCUUGAAGGGUCUCUGGAACAAGAAAAGAAACUUCGAAUGGAUCUAGAAAGAGCCAAGAGGAAACUGGAGGGUGACCUGAAAUUGGCCCAAGAAUCCAUAGUAGAUAUAGAAAACGACAAACAGCAACUUGAUGAGAAACUUAAAAAGAAAGAAUUUGAAAUCAGCAAUCUGCUAAGCAAAAUUGAAGAUGAGCAGGCAGUAGAAAUUCAACUACAGAAGAAGAUCAAAGAGUUGCAGGCCCGCAUCGAGGAGCUGGAGGAGGAGAUCGAGGCCGAGCGCGCCUCCCGCGCCAAAGCAGAGAAGCAGCGCUCAGACCUCUCCCGGGAACUGGAGGAGAUCAGCGAGCGGCUGGAAGAAGCCGGAGGGGCCACUUCCGCCCAGAUUGAGAUGAACAAGAGGCGCGAGGCCGAGUUCCAGAAGCUGCGCCGGGACCUGGAACAGGCCACGCUGCAGCACAAGGCCACGGCGGCCGCUCUUCGCAAGAAGCACACGGACAGUGUGGCCGAGCUGGGGGAGCAGAUCGACAACCUGCAGAGGGUCAAGCAGAAGCUGGAGACGGAGAAGAGCGAGAUGAAGAUGGAGAUCGACGACCUCAGCAGUAACGCAGAGACCGUUGCCAAAGCCAAGGGAAACCUUGAAAAGAUGUGUCGCACUCUAGAAGAUCAAGUGAGUGAACUUAAGACAAAAGAGGAGGAGCAGCAGCGGCUGAUCAACGACCUGACAGCUCAGAGAGCGCGUCUGCAGACGGAAGCCGGUGAAUAUUCCCGACAACUGGAUGAGAAGGAUGCUUUGGUCUCUCAGCUUUCAAGGACCAAGCAAGCAUCUACUCAGCAGAUUGAGGAACUGAAACGUCAGCUAGAGGAAGAAACUAAAGCCAAGAACGCCCUGGCCCACGCCCUGCAGUCCUCCCGCCACGACUGUGACCUGCUGCAGGAACAGUACCAGGAGGAGCAGGAGGGCAAGGCCGAGCUGCAGAGGGCGCUGUCCAAGGCCAACAGUGAGGUGGCCCAGUGGAGGACCAUGUACGAGACGGACGCCGUCCAACGCACUGAGGAGCUGGAGGAGGCCAAGAAGAAGCUGGCCCAGCGUCUGCAGGAAGCCGAGGAACACGUAGAAGCGGUGAAUGCCAAAUGUGCCUCCCUUGAGAAGACCAAGCAGCGGCUCCAGAAUGAGGUUGAGGACCUCAUGCUCGACGUGGAGAGGUCCAAUGCUGCCUGCGCGGCUCUCGAUAAGAAGCAGAGGAACUUUGACAAGGUCCUAUCAGAAUGGAAACAGAAGUAUGAGGAAACUCAGGCUGAACUUGAGGCCUCCCAGAAGGAGUCCCGCUCUCUCAGCACUGAGCUGUUCAAAGUCAAGAAUGCCUAUGAGGAGUCCCUGGACCAACUUGAAACCCUAAAGAGAGAAAACAAGAACUUGCAGCAGGAGAUUUCCGACCUCACUGAGCAGAUUGCUGAGGGAGGGAAGCAAAUCCAUGAACUGGAAAAAAUAAAGAAGCAAGUGGAACAAGAGAAAUGUGAGAUCCAGGCUGCUUUAGAGGAAGCAGAGGCAUCUCUUGAACAUGAAGAGGGAAAGAUCCUGCGUAUCCAGCUGGAGUUGAACCAGGUCAAGUCUGAAGUGGACAGGAAAAUUGCUGAAAAAGAUGAAGAAAUCGAACAGCUGAAGAGGAACCACAUUAGAGUUGUGGAGACCAUGCAGAGCACAUUGGAUGCUGAGAUCAGGAGCAGGAAUGAUGCCCUGAGAGUCAAGAAGAAGAUGGAGGGAGAUCUCAAUGAAAUGGAGAUCCAGCUGAACCAUGCCAAUCGCUUGGCUGCAGAGAGCUUGAGGAACUACAGGAACACCCAAGGAAUCCUGAAGGAUACCCAGCUCCACCUGGAUGAUGCUCUUUGGGGCCAGGAGGACCUGAAGGAGCAGCUGGCGAUCGUGGAGCGCAGAGCCAACCUGCUGCAGGCUGAGAUCGAGGAGCUGCGGGCCACCCUGGAGCAGACGGACAGGAGCAGGAAGAUCGCAGAGCAGCAGCUCCUGGAUGCCAGUGAGCGCGUCCAGCUCCUGCACACCCAGAACACCAGCCUGAUCAACACAAGGAAGAAACUGGAGAAUGAUGUUUCACAACUCCAGAGUGAAGUGGAAGAAGUAAUUCAAGAAUCACGCAAUGCAGAAGACAAAGCCAAGAAGGCCAUCACUGAUGCGGCCAUGAUGGCUGAGGAGCUAAAGAAGGAGCAGGACACCAGUGCCCACCUGGAGCGGAUGAAGAAGAACCUGGAGCAGACGGUGAAGGACCUGCAGCACCACCUGGACAAGGCUGAGCAGCUGGCCCUGAAGGGCGGGAAGAAGCAGAUCCAGAAGCUGGAGGCCAGGGUAUGUGAACUUGAAGGAGAGGUUGAAAGUGAGCAGAAACGUAAUGCUGAGGCUAUUAAAGGUUUACGGAAACAUGAGAGAAGAGUAAAGGAGCUCACCUACCAGACUGAGGAAGACCGCAAGAAUGUACUCAGGUUGCAGGACCUGGUAGAUAAAUUACAAGCGAAGGUGAAAUCAUACAAGAGACAAGCUGAGGAGGCUGAGGAACAAUCCAACACUAAUCUCGCCAAACUCCGCAAGCUCCAACACGAGCUGGAGGAGGCCGAGGAACGGGCUGACAUUGCCGAGUCUCAGGUCAACAAGCUGCGGGUGAAGAGCCGGGAGAUUCACACAAAAGUCAGUGCGGAGUGAAUACACCUGCCUGCUGCUGCCAAGGGCCUAAAGAAAUGCACAAAAUGUGCUACUUUGGGUCACUUGCUUUGUGACAUUUAUUCUCUUAAUGUUGAAUAAAUAAAAACCAUAGUGAACUGAAAAAAAAA